UUUAGUGGAAAAGGUGAACGUCAAAAAGCUGUUCCAAGUUGUGUGUCUUGUCCUCUUUUUAAUUUCUCUCUGUUUCAUUUAAUUCUUUUAUAGCUUUCUCCAAGUUCUUAUUGUUGCUUGAAUCCGGAAGAACUAAAUUUAAUAAUCCGAUCGAGAAUUAAAUUGGAUUUUGCGGUUUCGAUUUUGUUGGAGGGAGAUGAAACGAUCGGCGUCGUUGGAUAAGUGGAGGGACUAUUUCCGGCGAGGAGAUUCUGAUAUUUUUGGGAUUAUUGAUCAUGCUAUUAUGGUGGCUGCCUCAGAUUGUCCAAAGGAGUUUAAAUCCAGGAGAGAUGGAAUCGCCGAGCUUCUCUUUUCUUGUAGAGCGAGCCGCUGCAUUGGCUGUGACCACCUCCAGGUUUUGAUUCCUGGAGGAGACGAACAUGAGUUCGAGCAUUGUCCUAGGACGGUGGAGAGUGUUGGAGUUCAAGUCAUGAGGAUCAAAGAUGUCUUGUUGAACAAAGAAGAUGAGCCUAAUUCUGUGUUACUCGAAUGUCUGAGAAAGCUCGAGACAAUGUCUAUGAAUGUGGACAUUCUUAAGGAUACUGAGAUCGGAAAGGCUGUUAAUGGUCUGAGGAGACAUGGUUCCGAUAAGAUUAGCAAACUUGCAAAGACUCUUUUCGCAUUGUGUGUUUUUAUAUAUGGGAUGCACAGAGAGUGGAAGGAGCUGGUCGACCAGUGGAUGAACGCUCCAAAGGAUAUGGCUGGCGCUGAAGAAGGAGGGACUCCAGAGUCUGCAAACCUUUCAGUGAUUGAUGAAGAAGAAGCCUUUCCUUCUCCUCCACAUGAUUUAGAUAUCUAUGCACCUGAACCCAAUGGAUUUGAACUCUCUCAGAUCUUAGAUUGCUUGGACUGCGAUGGAAAUCCUCGUCAAAACAAUGUGGAGUCAAAACAUGAAAGCAAAUUGCAAAGUAGAGAGAGGAGGAGACCUGAAGGUACAAAUGAAGCCAAUGUGGUAGGGAGGUACAACAAAGAUCAACAGAUGAGAAGAAAAGAAGCUGAAGUUAGACCUGUAAAGCACUCAGCCACCAGUUUUGGUGAGCCUAGAAGACAACCAAAGCAAAGUAGAGAACGAAUGGUACCCGCAACCCAAAGAAAACCGCUUGCUGUUGUUGCUGAGCAAAAGAGAAAACUUGCUGGACAUCAACAAGAUAAACUCACUCUGGAUCCAGACACAAAGUUUGAGUUUGCAAAGCGGAGACUCCAAGAGAGCUACCAACAACAUGAGAAUGCCAAGAGACAGAGGACGAUACAAGUGCUGGAAACUAUCCCAAAGCAGAGAAAUGUUCAGAAACCGCAACUCAAGAGACCCCCACCAAGAUAGUUCCAUAUAUUUCUUCCGAAGAUGUAUACAAUUACUACGACCAUUCACAGACGUUAAUAUAUACAUACAACAGAAGUACAUCGACAACGACAGACCCAACUUAAACUUCUUUUAGGAUGCUCCUUUCUUUUGUUCCAAUGUUUAUUGGUACCUCUUGGCCAGUGAAUAUCCGGUCUGGUCCGGUUUUGUGAAAACUGAAAAGAGAACCUCAUAAUUGUGACAAAUGUAAUAAUAAUCCUUUUUACUCUCU